CACCGUUCCAAUUAUACAAUUUCCUCCUUGGCACCAUCAAAAUGUUUUCGCUGGGCCAUGUACGGCGUCGAAUACCUUGUCUGUCUCGAGGGUAUGCCAUGUCUCUGCAGCCAGGACUGCCUCUGCCAGGCCAGACAGCGCCUCGCGUCUUUUCGGGCAGAAAGGGCUUCCAGUACAACAAUUACAUGCAAAUCCUCAAAACAACCCAUAAAUCUCCUCUCAUCUUCCUCAGUCGCGAGGAUUUUUCAGCGGAACGGUUGAAAAAGCUACGCAUCGACCUCCUGGUUGCAUCCAGUCGAGUACCGCCGCCGAAGGGCUCCGAACCCAUCCCCAGUCCCACAUUGACGGUUAUUCACAGCGGCGUUUUUGGUGCUGCUCUACGCGACUUUCCCGGCAUUAACAUCGCUGAAGCCGAGAAAAUGAUAGAGGGUAUUUCCGGGGGAUAUGCCCUUCUUUCGAUUCCCAUGUUCCAUCCGCCAUAUCUUAGCGCUAUUCUACGCGCUCUUGACCGGAGUGUCCCGUCGCGGCCCAAAAAGACAGAGGAGGAGAUUGCGAAGCAGUUGGAGGCGAAGAAUGCUGAUCCGGCUACACCAGGGAGGAGGAUGAAGCGACAGCGGGCAGUGUUGGUGCCGGAAAUGAAAGUCCUGGGGGCUCUCAUUGAGGGGAAGAUUCUCCUUCCGCCGUCUGUGAAGGAUGUCGCGACGUUACCAACAUUAGACACACUCAGGUCGCAGAUAGUGGGCUUGCUGAGUACGCCGGCGACUCAGCUUGCGGCAGUGUUGGGCGAAGCAAGUGGUGGUAGACUAGCAAGGACACUGGAGGGAUACAAGCAGGCACUAGAAAAAGUCGAGUCUCCGGAGGAUAGUUCACCAUGAUAUCUACUACAUCUAAUACUAUCUUCAUUCAAUCCCUAAGACAGAACUCCCAAGUACGGUCUUCACCUCCCUCUCCCGUUUUACCCGUGCCAUACGCUCGCUCGCCCUUGGUCAUUCGAUGUUCGUAGCCUUUCC